GGCCUCAAAACGUGAUGACUUCAAAUCCGCCUCAAUUUCCGUUUCAUUGACAUACGGGAACAGGAACCACAACAGUAGCUGGCUGGUGGCCCAAAACAUUGAGAAAAAUCUAUCUUUCAAAGGGCUUGUGCCUGAGUCCAACCUCCGUGGAUGGAAGUGGAGAUUGCGUUCGAGAUGGGUCCUGAGAGAAUCUUACCGAACUCUGAAGAGGAGCUAGGUCAGGAGCGGCCGUCGGACGCUGGGGUGCCUGAGGUGGGCGGGGAGUGGAGUGGAGAGGACGAGGGCGGUGUGGGAGACGAGGAGGAUAAUGGAGGUUACUAUUACCAGCCACUAAACCAGGACCCUGAUGGACUAAAUGCUGCACCAGGGGACCAUCCUGAGGAUAUGCCCCCAGUAGCAGAGCAACUGCAAGAAGUCCAGGAGAGAAUAGAGUCGAUGGGCUUGCAUCUUCCCCAGCCCCCUCCCCCAGACGGUGAUGAGGACCCAGAAGGAGCACACCGCAGCGCAGCCUCCAUCCCCAUGGAUGAAGACCACGUGGAGCUGGUGAAGAGGACCAUGGCAGCAGUGGCCCUGCCCUCUCUGGCCAUCCCGGCCUGGGCUCAGGAGAUCUCAGACGACCAGUGGAAGGACAUGGUCCAGCAGACGCUCCAGACUCGCCAAAGCUCAGAAGGCCUGAGGCUAGAGCGCAAAUAAGACUCAAUUGCCUCCUUCCAUCAGUCUGUCUUUAACUCUGCAUUUCACCAACACACUUACCCCAGGGGAGUCUGCGCUGAGGUCCUCUCUGAGCAGGUCUUAGGUGUCUCAAUUCUCAAGAGAUUGUGAACUCCUCUACGUCCAAUUCUUAUUAGAUGAUAUCUCUGAUGAAUAUUUGUUUUUCAAAGGAGGCUCUUGGUACCUACUACACCUUAAUGUCAUUUGUAGGGUUUAAUGUGAAGGAGUUUGAAUGAGUAUAGUAUAUUUUGUCUCAGAUCAGGCAAACUCUUACUGUUUCUGCUCUGGAAGAACUUGAAUCAGUGUACUGGACUACAUGAGGCUCAAUGACAGAUAAAGCACUAUUAUUCCCCCCCCCCCCCCAAAAGCUUCCUGAGACAUUCCAGUGUACAGUCAUACCACCCUUUCCAACACCAGAUCGCCUUUGUUUGUUUUUGUGAUUACCAUAUUAUAAUACUAUUAAAUCAGUCUUUGUUGAAUGUAAUAUAU